UAACAUUCCUUUCUCAUUCUGUAAUCACUGCUGCAUUUCAUUGCCAUGGAGUCUCAAAGCCCCCAAACCACUGAAAACAACCCCACCAUGGCUCAUAAACUGAAGAGAAACUUAACUUUCCGGUCCAAAUGGGCAGAAUUGAAUGGUGCUAUGGGAGAUUUGGGCACAUACACUCCCAUUGUGUUGGCCUUGACACUCGCCAAGGACCUUAACUUAGGCACCACAUUGAUUUUCACAGGUGCCUACAACAUCGUCACCGGCGCCAUAUACGGUGUUCCGAUGCCUGUCCAGCCAAUGAAGUCAAUCGCGGCGGCGGCUAUAUCGGAUUCGGGUUUUAAUAUCCCUGAAAUCAUGGCGGCCGGGAUUUGCACGGGUGGGAUCUUGUUGGUUUUGGGUGCUACGGGGUUGAUGCAGCUGGUGUAUAAGUUGAUACCAUUGUCUGUUGUUAGGGGAAUUCAGUUGGCACAAGGGUUGUCAUUUGCUAUGAGUGCAGUUAAGUACAUUAGAAAAGUUCAGGAUUUUUCGAAAUCGAAAUCGAUUGGGAACAGGCAUUGGUUGGGGUUGGAUGGAUUGGUUCUGGCAAUCGUUUGUGCUUGUUUCAUAAUUGUUGUCAACGGUGCCGGUGAGGAACGAAACGAGACAGAGACCGAUGUCGUCGACGAAGAAACAAAUUCAAAAACCAAAAGAAUCAGGAGGAUCAUGGCUAAUAUUCCUUCAGCUUUCAUCAUUUUCAUGUUGGGAGUAGUCUUGGCAUUUAUACGAAGGCCUGCAGUGGUAAAACACAUCAAAUUCGGACCGUCAUCGAUUGACGUCGUGCAAAUAACAGGGCAUGCAUGGAAGGAAGGAUUCAUCAAGGAAACCGUCCCACAACUGCCUUUAUCAAUACUCAAUUCGGUGAUCGCGGUAUGCAAAUUGUCGUCUGACCUUUUUCCAGGAAAGGAAUUCUCGGCUACUUCGGUCUCGAUAACGGUCGGGCUAAUGAACUUGUUGGGGUGCUGGUUUGGUGCCAUGCCGUCGUGCUGCCAUGGUGCAGGUGGACUAGCCGGACAGUACAAGUUCGGAGGCAGGAGUGGCGGGUGUGUGGCGAUCCUUGGCGCAGCGAAAAUGGUGUUGGGCUUGGUUUUGGGAACUUCUUUAGUGGUGAUCUUGCACCAAUUUCCCGUUGGACUCUUGGGUGUUCUGCUUUUAUUUGCAGGGAUUGAGCUAGCAAUGACCUGCAGAGAUAUGAACUCGAAGGGGGAAGCUUUCGUAAUGUUGAUAUGCACGGCGGUUUCGCUCGUUGGCUCGAGUGCAGCACUCGGGUUCCUUUCCGGAAUCGUGGUGCAUUUGAUUCUUAAACUAAGGGACUUUGGCCGAGAUCGAUCAUGUUCUACGAUUAAUAUUCGUGCAACUCCAUAGGAACACCAUGCUUUUCAGCUAUUCUUUGAAUAACCAAAGAAAUGUACGUUAUUUCAGUGAAUCUUGUUCAUAUGUAUUCAUUUAAAAU